GUCAGCUCUGCAGCCUCCUCAUCCACCAUGAACAUGGCUCCCUCUGCCUGCCUGCUCUUACUGCUCCUGCUCGGCAUCGCUCAGGCACUUCCCGUCCAAGAGAAGGAAGGCCAUGAAGAAGGCGGCGAAGAAGGCCAGGAAGAAGGUGGUGAAGAGGGUGAUGAAGAUGAGGAUAUAGACUUCACCACCAAGAUCCUCACCAGCAACAACAACACUGACAAGUUCCUGCUAGAAGGAGACCUGGUGGCUCCUACAAACAGGAAUGCCAUGAAGUGUUGGUCCAACAGCUGUUUCUGGAGGAAAGCCUCCAACGGUUUGGUGAUGAUCCCUUACGUCAUUGGCCGGGAGUACACCCCAAGGGAAGUGGGCACCAUCGAAGGCGCCAUGAGGGCAUUUAGUGGCAGAACCUGCAUCCGCUUUGUCCGGCGCACCAAUGAGUACGACUUCAUCAGCGUUGUCAGCAGAAACGGAUGCUACUCUGAGCUGGGCAGAAAGGGAGGACAACAGGAGUUGUCUCUCAACAAGGGAGGCUGCAUGUAUGGUGGCAUCGUCCAACACGAGCUCAACCACGCUCUGGGCUUCCAGCAUGAGCAGACCAGGAGCGACCGAGAUGGCUACGUCCGAAUCAACUGGCAGAACAUCAUCCCAGCUAGUGCCUACAACUUCAACAAGCACGACACCAACAACCUGAACACCCCCUACGACUACUCCUCCAUCAUGCACUAUGGAAGAGAUGCCUUCUCCAUUGGUUAUGGGAGGGAUACCAUCACCCCCAUCCCCAAUCCCAACGUCCCCAUCGGCCAGAGGAAUGGCAUGUCCCGCUGGGACAUCACCAGAAUCAACAUCCUUUACAACUGCCGUUAAAAGUGUUUAUGUCUGAUCAUCAGUGUCUUAAAUAGUAGAAAUAAAGUAGAUGCAAAGCAACUUUUUUAGUCUGUCUGUUUUUCUCUUUUGGCUAAAUGACAGAAGCUGUACGGUGGCAUUGUGGCUAGCACUUCGGCCUCACAGCCCUGGUUUGAAUCUUAGCUGGGUGUUUUUUGUUGAGUUUGUUUGUUGUCUCAAAAUGGAUGCACACUUACUGAAAAUACAUUCAAAAUACAUUGAAAUCUUUUUUCUUGUCAUUUAACUCUAAUUUACUAAUGUUAAAAGAAAACCUUCCCAGCAUUAGAGGCUCUCAGCCCGUAUCUGUUUGCUUAGCUGUUGGACAAGACAAAUUAAAAAAAAAAAAA